AUGAGCCAGCAGAGGAUUCAGAUGAGCUGUGCUCUACUCCGCGGGGGGGAUGAGGUUGGGAUUCGGUGUCCUGUCUCGGACAAUAGGGACGAGGUGUGGUUUUCUGACCCUGAAGAGUACCUUGGCGGCCACGAGGCGCAGGAGCCAGUCUUGCGUCGAAGUCAGUCUUUUGAUCCGGCCAGUCUAGGGCUCUUUAGGGACCAGGAAAUCGCAUCCUCGUCUCCAACGGCCGACCCUCGAUCGCCCUCACGUGCCUCUUCCGCCAUACUCACCACAGACUCGGCUGGAUUUGGGACAAAUGAUCCUAGUUCAGAUGGCACCGUUCAGUCAGGUGACCAAAGUCCAGCCGAGUCUAGCCGGUAUGACAGGAAGAGUGUAUACAAACAGAGGAAGCAUGUCAAACGGAUGCGCAGGAAGUUGAUAAAGCGUCAGCAAGAGCGCAGCGCGGACGCCGAGCGCACCGUCUCGAGUGCUUCCUCUCAGGGCGAUGGAGUGGAAGGUCGUUCUCCGUCUCCACCCGAGUCGUUCGAGGAUGAUGAACCAACUCCCACAGCCAAGCAGUUCGGCAACAUCGGGGCCCCAGCCCCUGAAGCACAGAUGGACCCCCCCAGACUCGGUAUUGUCUGCGAGGAGAAAGACUGUCAAGUCCUCUGUGUUUUGGGGGAUGGGGUCUCCGUUGUUUGCCCUAAGUGCGGACCGUUUUCCUUGGUCCGCUACUGCGGCAAGAACCACCUGUGGGAGGAUGCCAAGAGGCACUGGCCAAAUUGCACGAAGCAGCCAGUCCUGGAGCAGCACUUGGCCGGUUUGAUUCCGUACGACGAUCUCGUGGGUCCACCAAUGCUUCCCAGCCUUCACCAGUGGGACAGCCCUGAGCGCCAUCGUCAGGCGCUGUGGUUCAGCUCCGCCCGCGACCGAGGUGAUUACUUUGUGUUUGCGGAGCUGAACACCCCGGUGAAUGCUGCGGACGCUCCAGCCAGUCACGCAGGGCGUGGAUGUUCACCUCGAAUCGUAUACAUUGUGCGAUUCGAGGACGCCGAAGAGAAGGACCGGUUCCGCCGGUGCCUGGCAAUUUGUCUCUUCGCGGCGGUUGAACAUCCAGCCCUCGUGGACUAUCUUUACCGGCUUGUCCGGGACUGGAUGCGGGCUCACAACAUGUGGGCCAGUGACAAGGACAUGGACAGCAUGCUGUGCCGCCAGAUGGGACUCGAGAUGGGCGGUACCAUCGAUAAGAGCCGUCUUGGCUUGCGGCAUGCUUGUGAGACGGAGUGGGUCGGUGCUGACCGGCGCCACUGCGAGGAUCUGGCCUGCGCGAGCGAGCGUCGCCCCACGUUGCUCGGUAACCACCGUAUGGGGUUGGGCUUCCGGAGAGUGUGCGAAGCCCUCGAAUCCAACUACUGGAUUCUGAGGGCGCACCGAGCCACCCAUCCUUCGGUGAGCGACGUGGUGGCUCGCACGUGCGGGGCAGGUUUCUCGGAGGUCCUUUCAAUGGACCGGCGGUUAUUUUGCCGUGGCGUCGGUUGGGACGGGGCGGGAACGGGCCCCAUGGAGUUGGAGAUGCCGUGGUCAGGGUAG